ACCCAAGCACGUUGGGGAAGCCGCGCAACUUGCCCGAGAAGCUGCGGGCUCGACGUGGCAAGGGUUCGAACCCAACUUGGUGCACUCCAAUACAUUUAUACUCCAAUAUAAUACUUUUUGGUAAAAAAAAACUACAAGAAGGGGAGAGAGAGAGAAGGCCAAGAAGCCAUGUCUGCCACAGAAGUUUUGGUGACCCAUCCGCAGGUUGCGCAGUGUAUUCCCGAGGAGGAACUGCCCUGCAAACCCUAUUGCAUGGUCAAGAACACGGGGCUGCACUCGUCGUCAGGUCUGGCCACAGCCGGGUUCCGCACAGCCAAGUACAUCCCCGAGGAAUGGAUGCAGAACAACUAUUCCAAGUACUACCAGUCCUUUGCCGACCGGGACACGGCGGAGAACGUGCGCAACGAGGCCAAGUCUCUGAUCUCGGAGAGGGAGAAGCUGACCCAAGAUACCCAGGCGAAUUCCACCAAGAGGCUGGGCGAGAGGCUGCAAGAUAUCUUCUUUUGGAAAUCGGAGCUCAAGAGGGAGAUCGAGGACCUCCUGGCCGAAACUGAGCUGCUGUUGGAGAAACAGAGGCGCCUGGAGGUCGCCCUGGAUGCCACCGAGAUAGCAAUGUUUAUCUCCACCGACAACCUGCAGAACAGGGAAAGGAGGCAGGGUCCCGACCUGGUCAAGGAUGCCGUGGAGGACGAGCUCCUCAAGGAGGCUGAUCUAAUUCAGAAUGUACGAGGUGUUUUGAAGCGAACUUUGGAUCAAGUCAUUACUCAAAUCAGGAAGAACAGAGAUAUCAAGGAACUCCUGGAGAUGGACUGGUCUGACAAAUAUGAAGCCUACAAAAUUGACGUGAAGGCCGGUGGUCUCAAUAACCGGAGCACCAACGUUCAGAUGCAUCCAAACUCUUCCAAGUUCGAGGACAAUUCUUCUACACCAGAGUCCUGGGCCCAGUUCACCCACUGUAACAUCUACAAAGCUGAACAGGAGCGAAUGAAUUCUAUUAACCUCCGUGCUCUGGUUGACAACGUGUUGGAGGAGACUUCCAAAGAUCUGCAUGAACAGUAUGACAGAGUUAACGCUGUCUUUAACAAGCGCUUGGAGGAGCUCUUUGAUGCAAAGGCCAAGUUAGACCAUCAUCUGAGAAAGAUACUCGAGCAGAUUGCAGCUCAGGAGAGAAGCAUUGCCAAUCUGAAACAGGCCAUAAAGGACAAGGAAGCUCCACUCAAAGUGGCUCAAACUAGACUGUAUGAGAGGACCUACAGGCUGAAUGUGGAGCUCACUAGGGACCCUGCUCAAAUGAACCUGAUAUGUGAAGUCGGGGAAAUCUCGGAGUCCAUUGCACUUCUUCAGGAGAAACUCAAGGAAGCCCAGAUGUCACUGGAGAACAUGGAGAAUACGCGGAUGACCCUCGAGAAGGAAAUCGCAAUAAAAGCAAACAGUAUAUUUAUUGACAGUGAGAAAUGCCUGAAACACCGAGAACGAUACCCAACUGUGGUUAGGUUGGCUGGUUAUCAAUAAGUAAAGUAACAGAGAAUACUUGCUGUUAGCUAUGAGUGAUUUAUCAGAUCUUUCAUGGAUGUAGAAACUUGGAUGAUUUCACACAUAUUGGGCACCUGACUAAAAGCACAAAUAAAAACAUGUUCUUUAAAAUCAAAUAAUUACAGGAUUAUCAGGUCUUUUAAUCCUAUAUCUAAAACUGAAAGCUUUUUCUAUGUUAACACAGCUGGAAUGUCAAUAAACUUACCAGAAAUAAGAAAGAUUCUGUACAUGUCCGGUAUCUUUCAAUGCCAGGAAGUACACACUGUUUUACACUAGGCAUUAAAUGAUACUGAUGAGUGCCCCUUGUAGUCUUUAGGUUAAGUAGGAUUGCAUGGGAUAAUUUGAUGAUAUAAUUUGAUUCAAUUUUUAAAAUUAUCCAUUGCAUGUAAGUGAUACAAAACAUAAACUCACACCAGAGCACAGUCAUAAAUAUAUUCCUUCUGAUUUGUAAUGACCAGUGUGUGCAAAAAUCUUGUGCAAAGUGGAUAUAGAUAAGAUGUUUCCAGUAGUGGGGGAGUCUAGGAUCAAAGGGCACAGCCUCAGAAUAAAAGGGCAUCCCGUUAGAACAGAGAUGAGGCAAAUCUCUUCAACCAGAAGGGGUGGGGAGGUAGUGAAUCUCCAAAAUUGAUUGCCAUAGACAGCUGUGGAAGCCAACUCAUUGGAUAUAUUUAAAGUGGAGGUUGAUAGAGUAUUGAUUAGUCAGGGUGUCAAAGGUUACGUGAAGAAAGAAGGAGAAUGGAGUUGAGAGCGAGAAUGAGUCAGCCAUGAUAGAAUGGUGGAGCAGACGACGGGCCAAUUGGCCUAGGUCUGCUUCCAGGUCUUAUGGUCUUAUGGUUUAAACAGCGAGAGGAGCUCAAAAGGUCAGACAGCACCUGUGGGUGAGGGGGAUGUACAGUGAUUCAGGUUGAAACCCUUCAUUUGCACUGGAAGCAUAGAGGGCAGGUGAGAGGGGUGGGGUGGGGCAAGAGCUGCACCUGGAUCCACACCUGACUCCAGGUGAGAAGGAGCUGAUUGGCAAAUGGAAUCAGGUGGAGAAGGGAAGGGUGGAAUAAUGACAGAGCCUGGGAGGUGACAGGUGGGAUGCACUAACCCCUGCCCAGUUGGAUACACAGAAGCAGGCAUUUCACUGUAUGAUGCCCGUGCUGACCAGGUUAAAAUAUACUGAAACA